AUGGUAGCUGAAAGUUUUACAUUUUUCGAAAUGGUUGAAACUGAUGAUAUCGAACGAUGGGCAAUAGCAGUAAUUCGUGAACCAUUUCUUUUACGUCAGUUCUGUAUAGAUACACAAUUUCCACGUACACGUCAAGAAGAAGAAGAAUUAGAAAUGGAACGACACCUGGCCGAAGAUCUUCUAAAAUGUGACAAAUGCAGUUGUGUACAUCAUGAUGGUUUUGUAUAUGAUAAUGAAGUAGCUGAUUUGACAAUAUAUACACCAUCUGAAGUAGCUACACUCUAUAGAAAACUGGAACUUAAAAUUAUCAAACAUCCUGAUCGAUGUGAAGGGUUCGAACAUCAAACAACAUAA